UGUAAUAUGUUCAAGAAAUUGGCCGAGGAGAAUUGUCCUCCACCACCUCCUCCACCUGAUCCAUUGCCAUUGAUGCCAAACACCAUGAUUUUGAAAGGUGAAAAGGAGCUUGCUAAACAUUUGCUAAGAUUCCUUAACUACAGAGAAUGGCCAUUGAGGCUUUGUUACAGAGCAUCACUCCAUGGUUGGCAGAGCCAGAAGUUUCACCAAUUCUGUGAUGGUAAAGCAGGAACAGUAGUUUUGGUCAAAGUUGGAAACUGGAUCUUUGGUGGAUACACUGAUCAAAUUUGGAAUGGUUCAGGUGAAUAUAAAACUUCCAACGCAUCGUUUUUAUUUUCAUUACGAAACCCAAACAACCUGCAGCCAUUUAAAUGCUCGUUAAUUAACGGGAAAAAAUGGAAACGCGAUCUACUGUAAUCCUUCUUAUGGAGCAAACUUUGGUGGUGGUUAUGAUCUCUACAUCGCCGACAAUGCCAACAGCAAUCAAAACUCUGGCAGCAACCUUGGUCACGCAUACCAACCACCAGCAGGAUAUCAAUACAACACUCCACAAACCCAGUCGUUGUUUGCUGGUAGUCGCAACUUCACACCCACAGAAAUCGAAGUAUUUUACUGAAACACCAGGUUGAUUAAAUCAGAAUAAUACUUUUAACAUGGACAAUGAAAAGGAUUAUUAUAGCAGGAGGAAUUUUUUAUA